CCGAAAGGCGCCGAUCGUCGCCGCCCGCCCCGCUGCGCUCACUUCCGGCCCCGCGCGCGUGCCGCGGCCCUUUUCCGCCGCGCGGCCGAAAUGGCGGACACGCAGACCGAGCGGGCCUACCAGAAGCAGCCCACCAUCUUCCAGAACAAGAAGCGGGUGCUGCUGGGGGAGGGCGGCAAGGAGAAGCUGCCCCGUUACUACAAAAACAUCGGCCUGGGCUUCAAGACCCCCAAGGAGGCCAUUGAGGGCACCUACAUCGACAAGAAAUGUCCCUUCACCGGUAACGUGUCCAUCCGUGGCCGGAUCCUCUCGGGGGUGGUGACCAAGAUGAAGAUGCAGCGCACCAUCGUGAUCCGCAGGGACUACCUGCACUACAUCCGCAAGUACAACCGCUUCGAGAAGCGCCACAAGAACAUGUCUGUGCACCUCUCCCCCUGCUUCAGGGAUGUGCAGAUCGGGGACAUUGUCACGGUGGGCGAGUGCCGGCCCCUCAGCAAGACCGUUCGCUUCAACGUCCUCAAGGUCACCAAGGCAGCCGGCACCAAGAAGCAGUUCCAGAAGUUCUGAGGGAGGUGUGUGGGGCAAAUAAAGCGUUUGUAAGGACA